ACCGACAAUGGAGGCGGCAACCCGGCGACGAAAACUGGAUUCCUCAAACUGUGUGAUCGGAGAUUUUCCCAUGGGCUGCGGAAGCAAGAGGGGGCUGACGCCUGGACACCCGCCAUAGAGGAUGCAUACGUCGAGUCAAUUCGGACUGGCACAAUCCACCAGUUUGUCCACGACCUUCGACAUGUCAAGGACUUUCGGGACAACCAGACAAGUUUGGACGAUGCGCAUUUCGAAGCAUAUCUUGCCGACCUGGUGCUUGAGCAGUACACAGCCGAAAUCGCCGUCUACGACGCACUGCGCCAUCACCAGGGCACAGUGGUCCCUCGCCUUCUUGCUGCCGUGGAUCUCGACCUUACCCCGCCGGGUGCCGAGGACAACGAGUUGUUCCAUGUUAAAGGCCUGCUGCUGGAGUACUACGAAAGCUUCCCCUUGUCCAAGCUCUCGCCGGAGGAGGCGCCCCAGUCAGCAUGGCAAAGCAUUGUUGACCAAGGCAUUGCCGCCGUCCAUGUACUUGGCGACCACUAUAUCAUGGAUGACGACCGCCGUCCUUUAAACUUCAUCGUUUUCCCCGACAAUAAGAAGGACGAGGGCUUUCGGGUCUUGAUGGUCGACUUUGGCUGUUGCAGAUUCAAGCGGGAAGACGAGUCGAAAGAGGAGUGGGCAAGCGAGAAAAUCACUAUGGACGAAGAAGGUGCGGUGGGCUAUCUGAUGAAGAAGUGGUUGGACAAAAAGCACGGAUUCCAACUGCACUACGAGCCAUCAAACAGAUACCAUGCAGAUGGCUUGGAAUAUGCCCAGGAGAUUGCCCGGGCCGAGCUGGAACAAUGGGACUUGGAAAAG